CCUUUAUCCCUCCUUCCUCUCUCUCUCUCUCCCCCGCCUCCUCCUCCACCUCCUCCUCCUCACUCCACAGAGUGGCAGCGUUGGCACCGUUCAGAGAAACCCUGCUCUGGGAAAUGAGCUGCGGUGGCUGCCUGUGCGCACAUCUCCACUCGGAUCCCUCUGCGCCGUCACCCAGCCGGUGAACCCGAGAGAAAGGCGUGUGUCACAGUGGAUAUAUGAGAGAGGGGAUCUGCGCGUAAUCCCGGAGAAGACCCAGUUCUCUCGGAGGAGGGGGUUGAGUAACAACAAGAGAAGAAGGUCCUGUCCUGGGCACUCAUCCGGACCGGGAAAGAGACGGGACCUCUGCGCUGUGAGGAGUCCUCUCUCCGGUCGGUGCCGCGCAGCAGAAGAGCAGCCACAGACACGCUGAAGGGACAGAGAGGAGGAAGGUGGUGGAUAUUUUACGCACACACGCCUGACACCGCGAGUCUCCUGCUCCUGCUGUAGGACCCCCCCAACACGGUCGGAUUUGCACUUGACUGGGUCCCCACGUUGGAGGAUGGAUUCAUUCAUCAUAGCGGCUCUGGCACUGUGCUCGCUGACGGCACCAGCCCACGGAGACAAAGGCACCAGCAAAGCCCGGAGUUGUUCGGAUAUCAGGCAGUUUUACAGCGGGAAGGGUUUCCAUCUCGAUGGAGUCCCUCAGUCUGAAAUAUCAGGAGAGCACCUGCGCGUCUGUCCCCAGGGUUACACCUGCUGCACCAGUGUAAUGGAGGACAACCUGAUCUUGCUGAGCCGCAGGGAGAUGGAGGGACUUCUCAAAGACGCCGGACGAUCCUUACAGAGCUCCCUCACUGGACAGCACAAGGCCUUCGAUGGUUACUUCUUGGAGUUGCUGAACCGCUCUGCACUUGCUCUAGAUGAGACCUUCACCGCGACGUACGGUUUACUGUACAUUCAGAUCUCCCAGGUCUUCUCUGACCUGUACACAGAUCUGAGGCAAUACUAUCGAGGCAACAACAUCAACCUGGAGGAGGUGCUCAACGAGUUCUGGGCCAGGCUGAUGGAGAAGCUCUUCCAGCAGGCAAACAAGCAAUACGUCAUAGGCGAGGACUACCUGGAGUGUGUAUCCAAGCAGAUGGAGACUCUGCGGCCCUUUGGAGACACCCCCCGGGUCAUGAAGACGGCGGUCACACGCACACUUGUGGCUGCGCGUUCCUUCGUUCAGGGACUGCAGGUCAGCGGGGACGUGGUGCGCAAGGUGUCCCAGCCGCAGUUGAUCCCGGAGUGCUGGCGGGCCCUGAUGAGGAUGACUUACUGUCCCCACUGCCGCGGCAUGGCCUCCGCCAGACCUUGUGCCAACUACUGCAGCAACGUCAUGAAGGGUUGUCUGGCCAACCAGGCUGACCUCAACACUGAGUGGAGGCAUCUGGCAGAAACCAUGAUGCAGGUGGCCGAUCGCUUUGAUGGUCCAUCUGGCGUGGACAGCGUGCUCCUCUCCCUUCCCUCUCACAUAUCAGAAGCCAUGCUUAAUAUGCAGGAUAACUUGAUGACCAUCAACAGCAGGUUGAUCCAGACUUGUGGAAACCUCAGAGAGGGCGGAACCAGCAGCACGGGAGUCGAUGAAGCCACGAAGAGAGGGAGGGUCCCAGUGGAGGACCAGAUGGAAACCAGCUCCACCAAAAUGGACAAACUGGUGACUGACGUGACUGUGAGACUGAGGGACCUGCAGUCCUACUGGGUUUCCCUUCCAGCCCUGCUCUGCAGCGACAGAGUGGCCACUGGAACAGGGGCCGAGGAGAAGUGCUGGAACGGCAUGAGCCGCGCCAGGUACCUCCCCGAGGUGAUGGGCGAUGGCCUUGCCAGUCAGAUCAACAACCCAGAAGUGGAAAUCGACAUCACCAAGCCAGACAUGACAAUACGUCAGCAGAUCAUGCAGCUGAAGAUCAUGACUCACCGCCUGAAGAACGCUCUCAACGGCCAGGAUGUGGACUUUCAGGACACCAGUGACGACGUCAGCGGCUCAGGAAGCGGCAUGUGCACCGAAGAAACGUGCUCCAGGGGCCCGCGUCUGAUCGACCCGGUCACCGAGCGGCCCAUUCGCUACCCCUACCUUCCGAAAAACAAGAAGGUGAAGGCGUCGGCCAAUCACAACCUCCCCUGCGUCGCCACCUUCCUGAUUCCACUGCUCCUUUUGCUGCUGCGGCGAUAAUUGAGGGGGAAUCCACCGACUGGGACUGAGUAUGGGACACAGGGUUGGGGGAGGCUGAAUGGGGAGGGAGGAGGAGAUGGGGAUUAGUUACUUUGCCAAAACUAGGUAAAUACGAGGAAACAACAACAACAACAACAACAACAACAACAACAACAACAACAACAACCACAAAAAAAUCACUUGGAUGGACAUUCUUUUGGUUCUGGAUUAGAAAUAGGUGGAAGUGGGAAGUAUUCAUAAAUGUUUUGAUCCUGCUCUCGUCCUUUAUUUCUCGCUAUAUUAUGACGCCAUUAGAGCUGGUCUUUUUGCAUCUUCUGUUUUGUUUCUGGUGUUUGGGUUCUCUGAGAUUCUAUCUGUACCUCAGACAUGUGUAAAACGUAAUUGCUAACGGUAUGUUGGUGUUGACACCACGGGGAGAGGGAGAACGGGGCUUUGCAGUGGCGCUCAGAUCCAUAUAAUUGUCUCUCCACGACCUUUAAAACAGCACUAGUGUUUCGGUAUAAUUCUUUUAUUUAUAAAUCACUCACAAUAAAAAGGCCUACGGUGAUUUAA